CCAAUCCUUCGCCACACCCUAACAAAACACCCAAACAAACUACAUUUACCGAAGAAGUCACGUCACUCUACUUCGCCUCAUCUCGGUUGGGUUAUCUUACCGCAGUGCCCCCUCCCUGCCCUCCCCCUUAGCCCUCCGCCAUGCCUCUCCAACGCAGCACCAGCCUGGCGAUCCCCUUCAGCCGCGGCGUCACCUCCGGCAGCGCUGACCACUGGAAGGAGACCUUGGCCAUGGCCUCCAACAUGCCCCGCGCCCACUUGACGCGCCGACACCGGAACAGCGAAAGCGAGAGCAGCAGGAAGGGCAAGAACGGCGUGGAGAGAAGUAGGAGCACCAGCGACGGCAGCAGCAACGGCAGUGAGGACCCGAGUGGCCACGUGAAGAAAGGUGCCUCUGCCCCGUCCAGCAAGAAGAAACAUUCUGAGCCGCCGCUGGGGCAGGGCGAGGCUGUGUCCAUCACGGCAGACAAACACAAGGCAAAAGAACAGCAUUACUGGGACGAAGCCCUUACUAGCACAGCAAAUAAACAGAAGUCAAGAACACAGCAUUACUGGGAUGAUGAAGACUUUCCCAUCAAAUCAGACAAACAGAAGCCAAGGAAACAGCAUUACCGGGACGACACAGCCGUCUCCAGCACAGCAGGCAAAAAGAAAUCUAAAGAACAGCAUUACUGGGACGAGGAAGACCUCUCCAUCACAGCAGCCAAGCAGAAGACAAAGAAACAGGACUACUGGGAGGACACAGCCGUCUCCAGCACAGCAGACAAGAAGGCGGCAAGAGAACAGGAUGACUGGGAUGAUACAGACUUUUCAGAGCCGGUAAACAAACACUAUAGCUGGGAUGAAGAAGACCUUCCCAUCACGGUAAACAAACAGAAGGCAAAGAAACAGCAUCACUGGGAGGACACAGACAUGCCCACCACAACAGACAAGAAGAAGGCCAGAGAACAGCAAUUUUGGGACGAUGAAGACGUUCCCAUCACGACAGACAAACAGAAAGCAAAGAAACAGCAUCACUGGGAGGACACAGACAUGCCCACCACAACAGACAAGAAGAAGGCCAGAGAACACCAAUACUGGGACGAUGAAGACGUUCCCAUCACGACAGACAAGCAGAAGGCAAAGAAACAGCACUACUGGGAGGACACGGGCGUCUCCAGCACAGCGGGCAAAAAGAAGUCUAAGGAACAGUAUUACCUGGUGGAGUCGCCGGAUUCCACCACAGCAGGCAGAAAGAAAUCAAGGGAACAGCUUUUGGGGGACGCUGAAGACAGAAAGAAGUCGAAGGAACAACAUGACUGGGAUGAUGAAGAAAUUUUUGUCACGGCGAACAAGAUGAAGGCGAGAACGCAACUUCUCUGGGAUGACUUACCUGACUCCAGCACGGCGGACAGGAGGAAGGCUAAGGAACAGCAACUCUGGGAUGACUACGAGGACCUUCCAACAACAGCGGACAAACCAAGGUCACGAAAGCAUCACUACUUGAACGACACCGACCUCUCCAUCCCAGCAGACAGGAAGAAGUCUAAGGAACAGCAACUCUGGGAUGACGACGAGGACCUUCCAACAGCAGCGGACAAACCUAGGACACGAAAGCAUUACAAUUUGAACGACACCGACCUCUCCAUCCCAGCAGACAGGAGGAAGGCUAAGGAACAGCAACUCUGGGAUGACGACGACGACGACCUUCCAACAACGGCAGACAAACAGAGGUCACGAAAGAAGUAUUAUUUGGAAGACGCCGACCUCUCCAUCCCAGCAGACAGGAGGAAGUCUAAGGAACGGCAACUUUGGGAUGACGACGACGAGGACCUUCCAACAACGGCAGACAAACAGAGGUCACGAAAGAAGUAUUAUUUGGAAGACGCCGACCUCUCCAUCCCAGCAGACAGGAAGAAGGCUAAGGAACAGCAAAUUUGGGAUGACAACGACAAGGAGAUUUCAACAACAGCGGACAAACAGAGAACACGUAAGCCGUAUCAUUUGGAAGAUACCGACCUCUCCAUCCCAGCAGACAGGAAGAAGUCUAAGGAACAGCAACUCUGGGAUGACGACGAUGACGAAGAGCUUCCAACAACGGGAGGAAAACAGAGAACACGAAAGCUUCAUUAUUGGGGGGACUCUCCAGACUCCACCACGACGGACAAAAAGAAACAAAAGGAAAAGCAUGACUGGGACGAGGAAGACCUACCGACCACAACAAACAAACACAAAACAAAAGAAGAACGCUAUUGGGACGAUGCUGAGCUCGCCACCACAUCAACCAAACAGCAUAAACAGCAUAAGUCCCAUGAGGAGGAUGCACCAGAGUCCUCCAGCAGACGGCAUAGACAGCAUAAGGAACAGCGUAAGAGGAACAGCACAGCAGACUCCUCCCCCGCCGCCGCAGACUCCCCCGCCGCCGCCGCUGCCACCUCUCGCAACUUGCCGUCCUUCAAAUCGAGCUCCCGGGAGGUACACUUGAAGGCGUUGGGGGAACUACAGACCGCCGCCGCCCGCCUCCCACACCCAGAAGUCGUGUACGGAGCCAUGAUCCCUGAGCCCGACUACAGCGACGACGAGCGCGACGCGGCGGGCACCAAGCAGGCCGCCCUGGUCUCCCGCAACAACCAAGUGAACGCUUCGAGUCCCGCACCGAAGGAGGGCGGGGCGAACACUGGCCGGCUGGACGAGAAGGGUCUGAUCAUGCCCAAGAAGCUGGUCAACCCCAACAUGGAGUCCACCGAAAAGAAGAGCCUCCACAGGGAGCUCCUCUACAACCAGAAGAGCAGUGGACGGUAAGAGGCUGGCAGCCGCGACAUCCACACGCUUGUCACUCGUCUCGUCCGUGGCUUGUAUUUACUGUUCUUGUUGUGCUUUGCAGAUAAAUAUAUUUUGGAACUAAAAACAUGGACCCUUUUUCCUAACUUCAACCACAUAAUAUAAAUGAUGGCAACGGUGGGAUUCGAACCCACGCCUCCGAAGAGACUGGUGCCUCAAACCUAACUUCAACCACGUAAUUCUCUCUCUCUCUCUCUCUCUCUCUCUCUCUCUCUCUCUGAUCAGUUUAUUUAUACUUAUUUAUUACUCGUGGGCAUAUUUGUUUUUCUUUUAAUGGUGAGUAAUCUGUAAUCUGAAGUCUAAUUUUACAUGGAAUAAUCGGUCAUCCACAAACACUAAAUAAUUUGUUCCAACAGGCCAUAUUUCAUUUAUACUCUGGUCAGUCUAGUGCACAGAUUUUUUUUUUUUUUUUUUUUUUUUUUUUUACAUUUAAUAUGAACUUAUUGUAAUCUUAUGCUUGUGUAAUUAUAUACAGAAUUCUUGAACAUCCUUCUUUAAAUACUUCUAAGAGACAUGCCAUUAAAAAAUCAUAAGACACUCCCCUCAGUGGUUGCUCUCCCACCUGGUAUUUGCACCUGUAGGGCUUCCCAUCGCGGCCUGCACCUGGGAGAGGCUCAAGGGAUGGGUGUAAAGGGAGGCCAUAGGAAGGAGACACAAAGGGACAUAUAAGCCUACACAGCCUUUUAUUACCAAGGAAUGAGAAACUAUUAUGAAACAUUUUUAGUCAGAGUUCCCCUUGUUGGAACUUUGCUAUAUUUUUAUUUUUGAUGGUAGGAAACCUCAUGCUGGAAAAAAUGCAGCUGUCUGAUUUCUGGGGUCCAGGAUAUUAUUAAAUAAUACAAACACAGGUAAAAGUUAAAAUUUUGGUAGGGGUUUUGCUGCUAUUGUCAAUACUGUUACUGACAUAUAUAAUUAAGAAAUAUACUGCAACUAAAAGAUUGUAUAAAUAUACGCUUGUAAAAUUAAUGAAUGGAAAAAAAUGCAACUCAUCAGAGGAAGCUUAACCUGGUAGCUGCGGGGAUCAUGUUUCUUAAAGGCCCCUCUAAGCGAAAUGGGAAAAAAAAUCAUCACUCACGCAAACCAUUUCACAAUAUAUAUCAAUGCAUUUGUGAUCAGUUUAUGCAUUAUCUAUUUUUUGGGGGUAACCGAAUAUCAUGGCAAAAAUUUGGCCCUUCGCUAGUACACGAUAAAACCACAAAUUUGGCCCGUCUCUGCUACUGGGUUAAGGUGACAAACCAUUGGUAAUAGAAUUGUGUGUUUUGAAUGAGCCAGAAAUAAGAUAUAGACAGUAGCAGUUUCAACUUUCAACCCACACAAGAACACAACACAAUGAUUCAAGGAGUCCACAAUGGGCCAGGAAACAGUCAGCCUUCACAUGGCAGCCCCUGAGGACCAGUCAUUCAAGUCUUAACAUACCAUUUUUUAAUAUAUCUGACCUCCAUUUGAAGCUUAAUAUGGCGUGUGCACCUUAACAUAGAACAGAAGUCAGUAAAUGUUAGACCCACCAGUCAAUCCUUCAGGUUGACUUCUUGUAGGAUGUAUCAUUGUAUUAAGUACUCGUAUCAGAACCGAAAUUACCCUGGAAAAGUGUGAUGAGGUUUAAGAUUGAACUACUGUUGUCAAAGUCUGGUAUUUUUCAAUCAUUAUUUUGACAGUUUGAUUUAUAUACCUCAACUUAAAUUUCCAGAUAGCUGCUUCUUUUUCAUAUAAAGUCCUUUUUUCCCUUGUGGGGUUGGACAGGCCAUGAGUCUCUCCCAUUCUUGAUGACUCCCUUAUUUCCAGAUAGCUCAGUUUUGUUUUCCUGUUAAGAGGAAUAAUUGAAAUGUAUAAUCAUAAUGUGUUAAUGUGAUACAUUUAGUCAUCAAUACGCAAUCAGUCGAUAUAUGUGUGUAUC